AAUUCCAUCAUUUUUAUCAAACAAUGUGAUUUGCUUUAGUAUCAGAUAGCUGCUACAUCAUUGUAAGCGAAAAUUGAAUGACGUAAAACGUUUGAAUAUAAUGAUAGCUCACCUGUUUUACUAACAAUGAUCUCUUAUUUGCUCUGCUGGAUUUGGCGUGAAAAUGACUCUUUUCACUGAAAUUUGGCGUCCUUUAUCAUAUUGAUCGGAAGAAAUUGUCGAUUUCGAAAACAGCAGCCCUAGAAGUUUUUCAUCCCGAAGGUUUGAAUGAGAGUGUGUUUGUGUUCAGGGGCAUUUAACGUUAUUGACCAAUUCUGGAAAACGUUUGAGAAACGUUUAAUUCAUGUUAAAUUAUAACAUUUGGAUGUUUCAUUUUUCUAUUCUGGCUAGAACGAAGGCGUAGAAGAGUUUUUCUAAACAACUGCCUUAAUUCCUAGUUUUUUGUGUUUGCCGCAAAGAUUUUUUUAUCCACGGUGGAGUCCCCGAAUAAGCUAGAUGUUCAAGUCAAGCAGUAUAAAAAGAUGAAGAAACGUAAAGAGCUGGAUGCUCUUGUUUCUAAUGGGAAACUUACCCAUAAAAGAAUAAAUUGCAUCAAAAAUGGUUCAGGUUCAUGUUCAGCUCAUGAGCUACUGCGACAUGAUACCGAUUCAUCGGACAUGGAGGAUUUCUCCAUACUGCAGCCCCGGCGAAAGGGUCGGAAAAAACAUGGAAAUCAUUUGUGUAUCACAUCAGUAUGCCUGUCUUUAUGCCAGUUCAUCUUGGUUACGUCGAGUGUUUUAAUAUCUGGGGCGCUAAUAUAUAUGCAUCUUGGUUUGAGAGAAGAUAUAGAUUUACUACGAGCUCAUCUGCAGAAAGUUGAAGCUGGUAAUAAAAAUACACCUGAAGCUUUGCAUGUUAUACAUUCCAGUUUAAAGCAGCUUGAUUCCAAUGUUUCUGUACUUUACAUAGAUGUGAGAAAAAAUAUUGCUGAUAUUGAAAACAUAACUUCUGAGGUCAAGCAUCUGAAAGAAGUUGCAAGUAGUUUGCGAGAAAGUAUUGCAGCUGCUCCUGCCAUUCAACAAUUGCCAAAAGAUAUGCAUGCUUUAUCAGAGAGUGUUGCUAACUUUGGAAGUAAAAUGACAGCUCUAGAAAGCAAUGUGAAAGAGCUCAAAGAUCAACAAUCUAAUCUACAAACAACAGCUCAAAAUCUCUCAGGAGAAUUAGAUGUUGUAAAAGUUACAGUUCAAGAAUUGUCUAAUUCUUCUGAAUCAUCUUCAAAAUCAUCUGUAAAUACAUCAGGGAAAGAUGCUAAAGUCCAGACUGCUAUUCAACAAGCCAAUCAACAUAUUGAUUUCCUGCAAGGGCAAUUAACUAAUGUCAUGACUUCAGUCAAUCAAUUAAAUGCUUCACUUAGCAAUCAGCUGACUGUUAACCAUGAGUUACCAAGUAAGCUAAAGACAGUUAAUGAUGCAAUCGUGUUCUUAAACAAUGAAACACAAGUCCAAAAUACUCGUUUGUAUAGCUUAGAAAAUUUUCUCCAUACUAAUAUUACUAUAAGAAUAGAUGAUUUAGAAUCUGAAAAACGACACAACUAUCAAGAAAUUGAUGAAUAUUUAAAUAAAACUCUCUCUGAAGUUGUUCUUCGUUUGAUAAAUAAAGAAAUUUUCCAUACUGAUCCUGCCAAAACUUUGGUUCAACCUAUAGAAAAAACUCAUGAUAUGCUGGUGCUACUUGCAGCUCUACUCAGAAAUUAUAGUCUAAUUCCUAACAAUGCCAUCUUGUACGAUUCAAAUGCAACUGAAGUUGUAAAGGCCAUUCUUCAUCAAGCAUUUAAACAAAUAUCCAUGGAGCAGAAUAACACGAUGGAGACUAAGGUGCAAAAUAAUAAAGAAAGUAUUACUCGAUUCUCUGCUCCUGCAAAUAAACCGGAUCUGUCUUCAAGUACUGAUUUAGCUGGUUCUGCUAAUCAGGAACACCAGGUUAUUCCCAACAACACAAAAAUUGACUCAGGUGGACUUCAAAAUGGCCCUGAUGAUAAUAUAUGGUCAUCUGUUUAAUCGGUGGAUAUGCAGCUUUCUAAAUGCCUCACCGUGUCCAUAGAAUUGCUUUUUUUUAGUAAAGUAGUAGACUUAUAAUCAUGAAAAAAAAUUUACAUUGGUGCACUACAGAAAAGUUGUUAUUUGUAUGUUCAGCAAAUUUGUAUUGUAAAUAUUUUGAGAAAUUUCUUUUAUCUAUGCAAUAUUAGAUGUAUACACAUAUACAUAAAGAAAUAUCAUUACUAGUUAAUGUGUUAAUUUUCAAUUGUGGGGUUACAUUCUUAUUAAUAAGUUAUAAUUAAAUACCUUAUAAAAAUUUAAUUCUAACUGCAACAUUUACUUACUUUUAAUUCCAAUGUAACAUCAGUUUUUAAAAAAAAAGGAGGAAAUAAAAUUUAUUAAAAGUAAAAUAUAGUACAACUUAUUUCGAAGAAAAAAUUUUAGCAUCUUCUGACAAUGUAGCUGUUGCAUCGUGUUAAAACAAUAUAUAUAUAUUAGACGUUAUGGUGAUCAUAACUUCAUUUUGCAUCUAUAAUGCCUCGGUUCUAUGUAAAUUAAGUAUAAUAUUAUUAAAUUAUACUAUUAUUAAAUUUUUUUUGAUUAAAUAUGCAACUAAUGCAUUUCUUUUUUCAUGAUUUACAAGAGCUGAUGCAAUAGAAUAUUUAUUUGGAUUUGUUUUAUUUAGUGAAAAUGUACUUUAAAAAAAGCGAUAAUCAAGCUCAUCCGUUCAACAUCAUCCCAAUUAAGUAUAUGCAUUCAAUGAAUCCUGCCAUUUUGUGUCAUUUGAAAUGAAUAAGGCAUACAGUGAAACCUAGAUUAUUCUGAACUUCCGCAUUUCUAAAUGAAAACUUUAAAUCGUUCCUAUUAUUUAUUGACCAUUCCAUUUAUUCUCUAAUUUUAAAAGAAGUUUUUAGUUCCAUUGUAAACAGCUCUUUUUUUAAGCAUAUGUAGAAUUAUAGUAUUUUCCAAUUUAUUUGGACAUUUCAUUUAUUCUUUUAUGGUAAAACAAGCUUUUAGCCCUAUUGUAAACACAGUUAAUUCUUUUAUUAUGUUUAGAAGUAUUUUGGAGUUAAUUCUAUUUUUUUCUGUCUUGUUUUUUUAGUGUAUGAAGAAUUAUAUUAAUUUCCAAUUUACUAAGUCAUUAAUAAAUAUAUUUUAUAAAGCUUAGUUUAAUUUAUGAGAUUUUAAUCAUUUAAAAAAAAAAAUAUCGUAGAUUUGGUAAAAUUUGUAUGAUAAAUUCUAUUAUAUGAAAUAAAAAAUAUGUCAAAAAUAGCAAUUGCUGAAAUGGGUAUUUUUUUUCUUCAUGGGUAAACAGGGAAAAUAAGAGAAGCAUAAUUUGUCUCUUGAACACCCUUUAAUGAAACGCCAAAAGAAAGAAAAAAGUUAAUUAAAUAAAAUUAUAGCUGUACAAGAGUAAUAUACUGAUGUUUUUUAUUGUGUUAUUAAAUGUAUAAUUGUACAAAUUCAUACAUUUUGAUAUCAAAACGGUGAUGAGGCAUUGUUUUCCAUGCCUUUAUUUGAUGCCUAAAAGCAUAUCUGUGUCUCAUUGUUAACAGUGCUACGAUGCUGUCAUACCAGAUACUUCAAAAUCUCUUACAUCAAACCAGACUUAACCAAAUGAUUAUUUUUUGUUUAUUUAUUUAAUUCUGACAAAAUAGGCAUUUUUUAAGUUUUUUCCAUGCAUUAAAAUAUUUAUUCAAUAAUUCUGAUUGUUUAAAGUAUGAUUGGUGAAAAUGUUUUUAAUUUUAUUUUCUGGGGGUGAAGUUGUAAGUUCAGAAAAAGUUAAUGUUUUAGUGGUUUGAGCUUUAUUAUAAUGUUGUUACUUGAGGAAAGUGAAUUUUCAUUCUCAAGCAUCUGUCCAAUGGAAAAUAUUUUUGUUAAUCAAGGUUUCACUGUACUCGAUUUAAGCAAAAGAUUUGUAAAUAUUGCAAUUUGAUUUUAUAAUCCUUUACUGAAUGUGAAGUUUUUAUGCUGAUGUUUAGCUACCUUAUAUCAGGAUUUUGAACAGAAAGCUACAUGAAAUCCUGACAUAUUUUCUCUGAAAACAGUUUAAGGGGAAAAAAUUGUUGAAACUUUUCUGCUCAUCUUUCUUGCUCAUAAAUGUAUUGUGAAAGAGUGAUUGCUUAACUAUUCAUGUGAUGCUGUAUUACUUAAGUCAGUGUUUGUAGAAUAUGUUUGUGAUUGGUUCAAAUUUACUAUUGAAUUAUAUUAGGAACAUGUUAGCAAAGAUAGAAGAUAAUUAUUAUUAAGUUUACAAAGGUAAAUGAAAAUUUUAACAGGAUUCCCAUGGUUUAUAGUAAUUCUAAAAUUUUUUAUUCUUUAAGAUUGGUCUUAAAAAUUUAUUGAAAUUUUUAUAAAAUCCAUGUGAAAAAGUUUUUGUUUCUCCUAAAUUGUUUUGAAAUUAUAAAAAAUUGUAUUAUCGGCCAUGUUUUUUAAUCAUUAGGCAGUUAAGUCCGAUUCCACUGCUAAAAAUUGCUAAAGAAGCUGGUCUCUAUAUUAAAUCCAUAAGUGUUAAACUUUCUCUCUCUUAGUUUUCACAAAUUUUAUAUGUUGAAAUGCUUCAUCAUUAUCAUUUGUGGAAAUUUAUUACUUGAAAUUAGCCGAUAUUUUAUUAAGAAAAAAUAGUGGUACUUUUUUUUUUUUAAUUUUAUUUAUUGAGCUGGAAACUGUCUAACUGAAAAGAGCUCAUUUGCAUGAAAUGAACAAUCCUGAGUGACUAAUUUUACGAAAUUGAUCAAUGGAAUGCUAGAAAUAUUUUUUGUUAAUGCAGUUUUUAGUGCAAGCUAGAACAAAGCUCUAUUGUUUAGGUUUUAACUUAUAUUUUCCAAGGCAGAAGUGACUGUGUUAUUUCAGCUUUAUGCCAUUGAAAAAUAGAGCUUUAAACCUAGUAAAACAAAAUUUGGCAUGCUUUUCAAUUUUUUGCCCGAUUUCUAAACUUAUGUUUAGAAAAAUCGUUUUUGUUAUGGAAUUACCAUCGUAACUAGCUCUUUAGCUUUCAUCAUCAAUGCAUAUGUUUUAAUUUAGCCAUCUAUCCGAACAACUUUUUAUUGAAACAAACCUUUCAUUACUACAAAAACUAUUUUAAAUAUUCAUUACUGCUAGUAAAUUAAAGUAGUAUUUUAUUGUAGCACUGUUUCUCCAUUUUAUAAUGAUCUCAAAUUAUUGUCUUGUAGAGUUUUAAAAAAAAUAAUGGAAUGGGAAUUCUGUUAUAGAGUUUAUUUCUCUUGAUUAAUAUAUUUUUAGUUUGUUUUUUGUCCUUGACAUUGUAAAUAUGAUAUACAUUUAUUUUGUUUCAUGUGUAGAAUAGUUGGUUGAGUUAUGACCGAUUUUAAAUCCGCUUUUCGGCCCUUUGUUUCUUAUUGUAUUUUUCAGUAAUAUUUUGAUUAUGCACCGUCCAUCAUUCAUCUAACUACAUAAUAUUUUGAAAUGAUUGCAAAUUUUCUGAAAACAAGCCAAAUGGAAUUUUUAUACUGUCAACUUUGAUUUUAGAUUUGUAAGCAGUGAACUUAUUUAAAUAAAGUCAUCUUCUCUUUUUAUAGUGGAAUGCAGUCGGUUUCCAUUGCAACGAAUUCUAUUUCAACAAGAGAGAAAAUUUAUUAACCCUAGAUAACUAAACUUAGUCCCAUGGACUCCAAGUUUUAGUCAGUUUUGCAAAAUUUAAGGUCUUACUGUAGCAGAUUAAGAUCUUCUAUUGUUGCAAACAUUAAAUUUUAUCUCUUUUCCAUAUUUUAAUAAAAAUGUUAGAGUAUUCCCUUGAUUUCGGCUAAUUUUUUUUUGAUAUAAAUAAAAUAAAUAUGAAAUGCCACCAAAUUUUUAUGUUUUUGUUGAUGAAUGAAAUGAUGAUUAAUUGCAGAGAGAAGACUCUUUAAGUUUUGGCUAUCUAGGGUUGAGUUAGAAUUAUUUCUAAUCAUUCUAUUUUGAUUUUUAAAUGAUCUCAGUGUUAUUAAAAAAAAAUUGUUAAAAAUUACAACGAAAAAUGUUUUUUCUGAAAAUUUGAAUGCAUAUAUAGGGAGCAAUCAUUACAUGAAAUUAUCAAAUUUGGUUUUGGAACAUUUUUUGCGUGUUUAUUAAAAAUUUCUAUCUAAAACUUAUAUCUAAGUGUCAAGAAUUAUGCCUAAAUAACUCUUUUAUAAAAUAACAUCAAUGCAAUCUUUUUAUUAUUGUUAUGAAAUAUUCUGGAAAGCUGACUUAAUUUUCCAGCGCUGAGAACCUGCCUUAAGAAUAUUUUAAUUAGUUUAGUUAACUCUACAAUGCAGGAAUUUUUGUUGGUGAUUUAUUUUAUUGCUUAAUAUUUAGAAUAGCUGUAACUCUAAGCUUAUGACUCAAAAAGUGAAAUUUAUAAUAUGUAUCCGCAAUUUUUUCUUGUGAAGAAAUAAUUAAAAUACAAUUUUCUAAUGUAAGAAGAAUAAAUUAAGUCUGGUUUGCAUUGUAGAGUUAAUUUUUAUUCCAGGAUAACAAAAAAUUAUACUAACGAUUUUAAAAUAAUACUAAGAAUCGAAUUCACAGAGCAAUAGCAUUUCUAAAAACUUGCAGAUUUUUAUAAAUAGCAUGUUCACUUCCUUGUGUUUUUUGAAAAAUGGUGCAGUAUAACUAAAGAACCUGUGGCUAUCCAAAAUUAGAAAAUUUUAUCACAACAAAUAUUAAGUUUUUAUCAGAAAAAAAAAUUAAUUGAAAAUUUUAUUUGUUGUAACCAUUUAAUCGAGACUCAUCUCUUUGAUUAAAUAAAUUCAGGUUUCUGUUUCCCAUGGUGUAAUUUUAUAGGCAAAAGCUGUAAAGUUACAGAUGAGCUUAAAUUAAUAAUCUAAGACUUCAAAAAUUAUUGUACUAUGUUACUCAUUAUGAAAAAAAGUUAAAGAUUAACUUAAAAUCUUUUUUAAAUUAAAUAUUUCAUUCAACGAAUUAUUAAAUAUAGAUUUCAACUUAGGAGCUUAUUUAUUCACAGCUAAAAAUUGUGAAGUUUUACUUUUAUCCUUUUCUUGUCAAGGGAAGCAUGCAAUCUAUUUUAAGAAGACUUAUUUUUUCCUGAGAAUAAUCUCUAUUACAUUAAAUAAUUCAUUAAUUUAUAUGUUCAACAUUUAAUUUUGCAAUUUAAAAGAAAACAUUAUAUUUUGAAUUUAUCUCAACACUCUCAUGAAGUUCAUGCUCAUGAAAUCCUACUGUAUUUCAAUUUUGUAAACUCAAAAAUGCUUUUCCACAAAUUGUUUAAUGCUCCACAUAACACUGAAUGAAUUUAUUUUGUCUAUUAUGAAAAGUUGACAGCAUUGUGUAUAUUUUGCAUUGUGUUUUAUGUUUUGUGUAUUUUUAUGUACUGUUGUACCAAAUAAAUCUAGUCUUAUGUCAAAAAAAAAAAAAAAUUUCUCCUUUGCUAAUCAUGAUUUUGUAUUUGAAUAAUUUUAUUAUUUAUUGAUUAAACAAAUGUUUUCUAAUGUUGUAAGUUUAUAUAUAUUUUGAAAAUUACUUUUAAAGUGAACUGAACUUUUUUUUAAUAUUAUGCCUUUUUAAUAUUUGUUAUUACAUGUCAUCACACUUGUUGUGUUCAGAAUUUCAUCUUCAUGAUUCAAGCUGUAUAUAUAUGCAAGUUAUUAAUGGCCUCUCUAUGACUAUGCAUCUAUAAAUGUAGCGUGAAUUGAACAAGAGUCACAAUAUGUUAUGUUUAUCAAGUUACCACAUUUUAAAUGUAAAUGUUGAUAAAACAUACAAUUACUGUUAAAUAAAUAGUGAGUUGUA